CAACAAGGCGGCCAGAAAAAUCCAACCCAAAAGCCACCUGGUUGCAGACUGGGAUGGGGCUCCUCCAGGACGCGGGGGUGCCGGCCUAUCUCUUAUCUCCCCCUGGGCCCGGGCCCGGGCCCGGUGCUGAAUGCGGGAGCGGCUCCUUCCUGGCCCGCCGGAGCUCUCCGGCCUGCCGUGCCCGGUGCCAGGGACUGAGCGGAGGGCAGCCGCCACCGGGAGGAGCUCGGGCGGGGAGGGAGAGACGAGGGGAGCCAAGCGCGCAAGGGACUGCCUCGAUGGGCUUGAAAAAUCACUGCACCAGCGGCGGCGGGCAGGGGGGAGAUGCAAUCCCCGGGCUGAGCGGCCACGCCGCUCCCUCCGCCUCUGCUGCCGGCUCCGGCAGCGCCCCCGGCAUUGCCCGGCCCCUCUACCCCCGAGUCCGGCUCCAAACUUUUUCCACCGCCCGCUCCCCGCCGGGUGUGAGGGAACCCCGGGCUCGGGGGUCGCCCGGAGCCCGCGCCCCGCCCGCCCCCCCAGGAGGGAUGCUGCUCCGGGAACUGCUGGGGCUGCUCCGCUGCUGCUGGCCCUCCCUGCUGCUGCACUGUGCCCUCCACCCGCUCUGGGGCUCCGCACAGAUCACUCAGGGUGAGCCCCAGAAGUCAUGCUCCAAGCCCGUAGCAGAGAAAGUCACAGAGAGCUGCCAGCAGAUUUGCCAGUGCAGGUUACCGCCACUGUUACCACCACCUCCUCCACCUCCACCGCCCCCGAGGUUGCUAGUGGUGCCAACUCCCAAAUCUACCUUUUGUCCCACUGAAGAGACCUGGUGGCCAGGCCUGGUUAUUAUCAUUGCAGUAUGCUGUGCCACACUAGUGUUCCUCUUUGUAGUUGUCAUCAUUUGCUACAAAGCCAUAAAAAGGACUCAUGCAAAUUAAUGCAUGCAUGGUGGAGUGGUCAUUAUGGACUCUGACGCAUGAUUUCAGGCAUGUACUAAGCUGUACAGGGUCGCAUGCUCCUUUCAUUCGCAGAUGUUUGGCAUGAAGAGCGCACCAAUUUGUUUGCUAAACAUCAAAGCACAAUGUGUAGCAAAUCAUACUGUAAAGCAAUGCAAAGCACUUGUUAGCAAACAAGUUUCACCUGUCACCAAGUAAGUAUGUCAAAUAUGAAUAGUUCGCUACUCAUUCCUUCACUAAUUUGAAACAUCCCUUUUACAAGUGAGGAGGAAACCUGGAAUGGAAGUGCAUAAAUACAUGGCUAUAGCACUUCAUCUGAAAGGGGAUUGGAGUAUUGUGUGUAGGAAGGUGAUGCAUAAUCUAACUCAUCAGGCAGAAAAUGGGAUAAAAGCUUUCCGCUUGGUGUGUAAGAAGACAACUUGCAUGCUUGGAUAUCAACAGUCAAUGAAAUUUGAGGUAAAAAAGAGUUAGUGACACAUAGAGCCAGUGGUACAAAAAAGAGCUACUGCCCUAAUGUAAAAGGGCAGUUGGAAAAUCACAUCAGGCCAAAAUGUUCUUGCAUUUUUAAAUACAUAGGUCAAUUUUAAUUACUGUGACAAGUGCAUACAAGUCUCCCAAGCCAUGCUUCCAAAGCAUGUUAGUGCCCCUGGUGUAGUGGUACCAGCAAUCUCUGCCAGUGUCUGCAGAUAGGUCUCACCGUCUUAGGAGAGUCUACAGUUUGCCUAUGUCUGGGAGACCAGCCUGGGGAAGGGAAAGAGCAAAUGGCAGGUCUUGGGGAAGAGAAGCUGAAACAAAAAAGGGGGAAGAAAGGAAAAAACUUUUUCAGGAGAAAAGAAAGUCAAUCUUGGAAUCAGUUCCAGAAAAAAGGCAAAAAUAUAGAUAAAAAUGAGAGGAAGAUAUUUUUAACACGAAGAAGAGGAAAGCUAGACAGGGAAAGAAAAUGGAACUGAAAAGAGUAAGAGAAGUAUUGCCAUCAGAUUCUCCAUUCCUCUGUCAGGGUUGUGGCGGGGUGGAUGGGUGCUUUACAAUGUCACGAAAGACAGGCACAGGACCUUGUGACAGAUACAGACUGGCACAGCAUGUUAAUGGCUGAAAAAUGGUUCAACAAACCCUUAGUCUCAACAACUCUUAGUCCCCCUUCCUUUCAUCUCCAUUCUCUAACAGCUGGAAUCAUGGCUAAUAUUAAUAAACCUUAACUCUUACCAGCUGAAAAGACAUACAUAUCACAAUCAGAAGUGUUUCCUUCGAGAUAACAAGCAAAGCAAAUUUAUCUUCCUGUAAUUCUCCAUAAAUCUUUCAUUAAUACUUUGCUGAAAUUAAAUGUCAUUAACCAUUUUUUAUUAAUUGUUGUUUUGUUAAACAAUGUCAAGAACAAUAGCACAGACUGACUGUUGUAUUACAUUUAUCUGUAAUUUUUGCUCUCAGAAGUUCCUUAAACUCAAAGCACUAAUGUCUGCAAUAUCUGUGUGGAAAGCACAAAGUUUUUUCCUCCUCCUAUGUUUAAAGCUUCAGCUUUAAAUAAAGGUCUUUUGAAAAGUCGUGGGGAAACACCUACAUGAUGUAACAUGGUCUUUUAGGAAAAUUAUGCUCAGGCCUCCCAUGUUAGAGUCACAUUAAAAUCACAAAUAAGACAAUUUUGCUCCGUGAUGCUUAGAUGCAUGUUAGUUUUCCGUACUUGCUGGCCAUUCGCUGAACUGUCUCACAGUUACCAUCAGUGGUUACCAAGCGGUUACCAGUGGCCACCAAACAAAAAUAAAAAGGUGGUUGGUACUGGGGGCCUGGGAGACUACAGCAGGUACCAUGUUUCAGUCAGUAACUCAGACACCUAGAACAUGGACAUAUGUAUCUGGGGUAGCAGACUAUCCUUUCUUCACAGACAAUACAGAGAAACACAAAUGCCUUGAGCACAAAGCACCGGACUUAUUUUGGGUAUCCACUUUAAGCUGUUCUGAGCUGUGUUUUAAAAAUACUUGUUUCUCUCCACUGACUGUGAAAGUAAUCUGGGAUGGUCACCACAGAUUUACAUAUCUACACUGAUCAGAUGAGUCCUCUUCUAGCGAUCAAACACAAUGGUUUUAUGAUGACUGGUGAGUGAGUUGGGUCCUCAGUGGACACAACUGGUCAUCAUCUCAGUUUGAAUGAUCUGGCUGUUUGAGGAGAAAGGCCCAGGACUGCCCAAAGGCAGAGCCUGGCGUAGCACUCCACUGUCUACCCCAGAGAUGAAGGUGGUGGUGGAGGGCUCUCCUUCCAGCAGCCUUCAUCUCAUGCAACAUGCACACCUAUAUCUAUACACAGGCUAGCACAGGGAGACCAGCUAUUCAUCAUGAGGCCUUAGGACCAAACGUCUCACUUUCCAGGUAGACACUGAGGCUUGACAAAUUUAACUGCUGGUUUGGUCUUUGUUCAGAAAGGGAAAAAUAGACAGGAAGAGUUCAGUAUUAUGAUAUGUCCUUGCUUUCAAUCUGUAUUGACAAAGAAGAUGUUUAUCUCUGUCCUUUCUUCUCCCCACAACCCUGCCUAUACAUCACCGAACCUGGGAUCACCCAAGGAAACCAAUGAGAAAAGAAGAGAAUGGAACCAGUCAGGCUGAAUAUGCAAUGACCUCACCUCAAAACAACAAAACAGUUGAUAACAAUGCAGUUGUAUAAUCCCCAAAACCCCACCGAGGCACAGGAGGUGGUAAACUUUCAAAGCACACACUUGGAGUAUGCAAGGUGGGUGAAAUAAGGCAACGAAUGGAGUUCUGUGGCCAAGGUCUUCAUUUCAGAAAUAGCGCACGCAUCAGUGAUUCAGAAGAGUAAAGCAGGCUGCUCUACAGGCUUGCUGCUUCUCCAAAGGGAGGAUAAACUUGCCCACCCAGGCUGCCUGGAGAAAAGAACUCACAAAGGCAUAAGCAUUGCAUGCUGCAUCUUGUGAAAGCUAUGUCACGAUGCCUCACGCUUCUUCUUCUCUUCCCCCCACUUUUAAGUGUGAAUUGAGUGUCCAAAAAAAGCUGCUGAGAUAGGAUCUUUUGAAGAGAACAUGGUCUGCCAGAGUGACAGCAGCUUACUAUAAAUGGGUCUGAGGGCCAAGGGUGUGAGGUGUCACCUACAUGCUUCUCCAGCCUGUGCAGUUUUGUAUGCUUAUAAUUCAUUCUUAUCAUUCUUAUUAUUUCAUUACUAAAAAGGGAACAAAUGUUACUGUAAAGCCAAUGAGCAACCAAAAAUUGCAUGAACUUGUGACUUACCCCAGGAAAUUGAUCUGUGGUGUGAUGACUAUGCAAUUUCCAUGGCUGAAGACUUUGCAGGAAAAAGAAAUCAAAAUGUAAGAUUUUAGCAGUUAGCAUUGCUAUGGAAAGAGAGAUAUUAUUAAGUGGUGCUUUGAACGCUAUUACUUCAUAAUCAUCCUCUAUUUUUGCAUCACAUUUUUUAUCUUUAAAAAGUUUUCCUUUUUGAAGUUCUACAUGUUUCUCUGUGUUUGCAUCAUGCUGAUUCCCCAGGGAAACACCUACAGGAAAGCUAUUUACAUCUUGACAUGAGCAUUUGGGCAGGAUUAUGUUGAAAGGACUAGUAGUGCUUUCAAGUCCUCUUCAUCCACUGAUUAGUGUUGUUUCCUGAAAGUGUUGAGUCUCCUGAACUGACCCACUGAAGACAUUGUAGUUCUGCCUUGGAGGACCACUUCUGAGGGUCUGAUAAGCUGGUUGUGCCCAUGUUAACUCAGUCUCUGAGUCCCCUGGGCAGAGACUGCCAUUGUGCCAAAUUCAGUCUAAUAGCUUAGUGUUCUACUUUCCAUGAUGUGGAUUGCAGACUACAUAAAGCAAAGCUGAAUCCACCCAGAUUCAUUUCAUGUAAGAUCUCAGGUUAGACUCAGUAAAUAACCCUUAAGAUAAAGGCAGUGAGACUAGCCAAGAUACUGGUCUUUCCACACCUCCUGAAAACUUUCCUUUUUUUCACACCUCCGUGUCUAUGUCUCCAUUUACCUCUGUGCUGAAAGUAGUGAUGCAGUGAAAGACAGAUUUCCACCCUGGCUUCUUGUCUGGAUAUUAAGCUUUGAUACCACUCGGUCUCCAUGUCUGUGAGUAACUCCCAGGCACCAAACCAGUCUCACUGCAGGAUGUGGCUGCGCCCUGGCCGCCACAUCCCUCAGUACUGCAACACACCGAUACUUUCAGUUUUAUAUAAGGAUGUGCCUGAACUGCAGAAACCAGACCUUGAUUUUGAAUGCAUUCCUGUCUGUGGUUGGUCUGUUGCUGGGAGUAGGGCUUUGCCUGAUGGUAGAGGAAGAUGAUGUUCUGCAGACCUUCCCCAGUAUAGCUCCAGGAUGUUCAAAUCAGCAGUUUCAGCUCAGGCCCAUCUGUAGUUUUCUAUUACCUAUUGAACAAUAGGGUGUAUGUAAAUAUAAGUAUCUUUUCAAUGGUAAAAUGAAAUGCUGCUAUAUACUGCUGUUGAGGAAUUUAUGGAGUUAUUAAGUUAGCUUUUUAGUCUGUCAUCACUAUGUAAAAGUUUAGCUACAUAGAAUUAUUUUUUAAAGAUUAGACUUUCUUGAGAAGUGAAUGAAAUUACAAACGUGAAAGGGAAUAAGUAACCCUUUGCCCAAGAGUAUGAUCAUUACCUGCCAUACUCACGUUGUGUGCUUGCACAAGACACAGUGGUAUGUUCUUAGAUCCCAAAUGGGAUUAAAACGACAGAAUUUACACUACAAGUCUAGUAUCCCAAAUGUUAAUUGCCUAAAGCACUAAGUCCCUAAAUACUCUAACAAAAAUAUCACGAGUAUAUUUUAGGAAUAUAUUUUAAUCUAUAACAUUUAUUUUGGUGUAGUUACUUACGUUUGCCUUUCUAUUUUGUACUGCAGUUGUUUCUGCCUAAACAUGGCAUAGUUUGAGACUGGUUGCAUGUUUGGCUGAGGGUGUAAAGUAUGAGUGCAGAUGAGUUUAGCAUGAUACGCUCAGGAUUAGCACUUUCUCCUAAAGGUUGUUGAUUUUAAUUAUUUCCUAAUACAGCUUUAAAGGCAUGUUCUGUAAGGCCAAAAUCACAAAAGGGAUUUGUAGCUCAUUAUGUCUAUCAAAAUGUGUCUGUUUUUGCAAGAAACAGUCUAAAGAGAUGGUCACGGACACUGUCUGAUUUUCAGUUUUGUCAAUGGCAAAAUGUUCUCUCUAGAGAAAACCCUGGAGCAUGACAUAACACAAAAAACCCCACCCCAAGUCCCAUGAGGUUUUCCUCAGGAGAACAUAAACAGUAAAAACUCCACGGAGAUCAGGGAGGCAGAGCAUUUCAAGGAGCAGCACAUGAGAACUAGGAUCUAUUUUCAGCUCUGCCACUGAUCAGCUGUUUACUAGCAAGUAAUUUUGCCUCUCUGUGCCUCAAUUUACCCAUCCGUAUAAUCAAGAUAAGAUAAAAAUACGAGCUCUGUGGCAGUAUUUUGAGAGAUAAAGAUGUAGCUUAUUUGCAUAGGCAGAUACACACUAUCCUUAUAUCCAACCUGCUAUUAAAUAAAUAUAUUUGGGUGCAUAAUCACCAUAAUAUUUCUUAAACAAACAUUCUCCAGUGUGCUUUUAUAAUCUGUUGGCCACAGAAGAGCAGCGGUAGACAGGCUGAAAGCUGCUCCUCUGCUUGUCCAGAGCUUUUGCUCUCAACGCUGACACAGCUGCAUGGCAAAUCUUGCACAGGGUAGUGUUUUUUUUGCCUUUAGAUUCCUGCCCAAGUACAGUUGACUACAUUGCACCAAAAUGUAAGGUGAUCUACGGGAAGUCACUUGGAAAAGCAUACUGGAAGCAGUUGUAAGUGCUCAGAAAAGAGGGGCUAGAACAGCAGUGUCACUGAGGAAUGAUUUCUGAAGUUUGCUGGUGUGGUUUCAGGUUGUGUUUGACACUCUACAGACUACUUGCAAAGGUCUUCUAAAAGAGCCUUCUGUGCUUCCUUACUGAGCUAUAAUUAAAUGCAAAGGGAAAGGAACAGGUUUGAUGGAUAAGGGCUUCACUAAGCAGUGACCCUGCAUGUGGGGAACUAGCAAUCGAAAAUGCAGCUUUACAAGCAUUUUGAGUUUCUUUUUAGACACCAGAAUAUGAGGGGUGGAAAGGUCCUGCAUAGCUCUAUUCACAGAAUAGCCGAAUCCCUAGCAGACGCAAAGGUGGCCACUUUCUAUGCAGAAGCUAACUGCUCUGCUCUGACCAUCUCCAGGCAGACUCAACACACUGCUGUGUUCAGUCUGAGGGUGAGCAUCAACUCACAAUUUCUUCUCAAGGAUCGCCACUAACAGACACACACAGGGAAUGCACUUUAAGGGCCUGAGCUGCAAAGUGUUGAGUUUUUUCAGCCCUUAGCAGCACCAGGAAGGUGGAGCUGAAGCCCCAGCCCUGCCACCCUUCCUAGCUCAGACCCGAUACAGCGGUGUGCCCAGGAAAGCAUCUGUACCUUGGAUAGAUGAUGCAAAAACAGACAUGGAAGGAAAGAGGAAAGAUCUAUUAAGUAUAAGAUAUAAAUAUAUUGAUAUGUAUCCAUACAAAGACCUAAUUGUCCAGUCUUGCAUGCCAUAUGGUCACAGCAUGUGAAGCGAGUGUGGGCCUCCUGCUUCAACCAGGUCAUGACCAUAGAUGCUGACAAACAAUGGAGAAUCAGGCCUAUGGUAGAUAUGGAUUUACAAUACUCCCUGCCCCUGUACAAACAGAAAUAUAUAAUUUUAAACUGCAAAAUACUGUGUUUAAAUCGUGCAUGAAUGUAAAUAUUCUAAGAUCUGCCUUCUUAACUGUGUACCACAUGUACAGAUGAAAAUGAAUAUUGUUUAUAGGAAAUCUGUAUCAGUGGUUAAAUAACUAAAGAGAAAAAAAUAUCAGAAUUAAUGUUGUCAUGUUUCUCAAACAAGCCAUUAAUGUAUAUUUAGUAUUUAAGGAUAUUGCUCAAUAAGUAUGUUCCGUACCAAAAACUGUGUUGCAUAUACAGAUUGUGCAGUACCCUAUUUUAAAAAGGCACCAUAAUUAAUUUUUAUUUUAAAUAAAAAUGUACUUGUAAAAAGUU